AUGCUAAUGUGUACUCUAACAAUGCGUAUUCAAUUCAGAGAGACAUAAAAAAAUAUAUAAAUUUAUAGCAAGAACAGAACCCCGAGGCGAAAGUUUUGGUGGUGGUGUGGCUCCAAAUCUUUCAAUCUGUUUUCUCUUUCUUUAUCUCUCCUUUUCUUGCUUGACUGCAAAGAAAGUAUAGUACUAUUAUAGUAAUGGCAGUACUGGUGACAUAGUAGAGUGAGUUGGAGAUAAGAAUCAAGCAAAAAAGAGAGAGACCCAAUGAAAAACCAAGACUGGUUGGGGUUUUGAGGCAAUUGACAAUGCCGAUGCCGAGGCAGCACAGCGACUACAACCACCAUCCAAUGCCGAGGCAAUCCUUGAUCACCACCCUCCUUCACAACCACAGCUAUCAUCUCCUUCUCUUCGUCCUUGUACUUUUGUCAUCCUUUCCUUCUUCUACAGGAAACAGUGAAGUUGUUACACUAUAUUCAUGGCUUCACAGUUCUCAGCUCACACCCACUUCAGCUUUCUCCAGCUGGAAACCUUCAGAUCCUGACCCUUGUAACUGGUCUUACAUAACUUGUUCCUCUGAAAACUUUGUUACUGAGAUCAGUAUACAGUCUAUUGAGCUAGCUCUUCCCUUUCCUUCCAACGUCUCCUCCCUUCACUUCCUCCAAAAGCUCAUCGUUUCCGGUGCUAAUCUCACCGGAACGAUCUCUCCUGAUGUUGGAUAUUGCACUUCACUUACAGUGAUUGAUGUUAGUUCAAACAGUCUGGUUGGAAGUAUUCCUUCCAGCAUUGGGAGGCUCCAAAAUCUCCAGGACUUGAUUUUGAACUCCAACCAGCUCACUGGACAAAUUCCUGCAGAGCUCGGUGAUUGCUUCCGCCUCAAGAAUCUUGUUGUAUUUGAUAAUUACUUAAGUGGGAAAUUACCGGUGGAACUAGGCAAGCUGUCAAACUUGGAAGUUAUUCGUGCCGGAGGGAACAAAGACAUUGCAGGAAAUAUUCCAGAUGAGCUCGGAGACUGCCACAAUUUGAAGGUUCUGGGUCUUGCUGAUACAAAACUUUCUGGUUCAAUACCUGCUUCAUUGGGUAAACUAAGCAUGCUUGAGACACUCUCAGUUUAUACUACGAUGCUCUCUGGUGAGAUUCCCCCAGAUAUAGGCAACUGUUCGGAGCUUGUCAACUUAUUCCUGUACGAAAAUGAUCUCUCAGGUUCACUUCCAGCAGAGUUGGGUAAGCUUCGGAAGCUGGAAAAGAUGUUAUUGUGGCAGAACAAUUUUGAUGGGAAUAUUCCUGCGGAAAUCGGGAAUUGCAAAAGCUUGAAAACUAUUGAGCUCUCAUUGAAUUCUUUCUCUGGAAGCAUACCUCUUUCUUUUGGAAACCUCUCAAAUCUUCAAGAGCUUAUGCUUAGUAACAAUAAUAUCUCCGGUUCAGUCCCAUCAAUGCUUUCAAACGCUUCAAGCCUCCUUCAGUUACAGCUUGAUUCUAAUCAGAUAUCAGGUCCGAUUCCUGCUGAGCUUGGGAUGUUGACAGAGCUAACAGUCUUCUUAGCCUGGCAGAACAAACUAGAAGGAAGCAUUCCACCAGAAUUGGCCGGUUGCAGGAGUUUGGAAGCCUUGGAUUUGUCACACAAUGCACUCACUGGUAGCUUACCUCCCGGACUAUUUCAUCUUCAAAAUUUAACGAAGCUGCUAUUGAUUUCUAAUGACAUUUCGGGUUCCAUCCCUCCUGAGAUUGGUAACUGUCGUUCUCUUAUCCGGCUUCGGCUAGCUAAUAAUAGAAUCAGUGGGGUGAUUCCAAAAGAAAUUGGGUUCCUCAAUAACCUUAGUUUCCUGGACCUGUCUGAAAAUCGCAUUGCUGGAUCAGUGCCGGAUGAGAUCGGCAAUUGCGCUGAACUGCAAAUGCUGAACCUAAGUAAUAACACCCUUGGAGGCACUUUGCCUAGUCCUUUAUCUGCUCUGACCAAGCUUCAGGUAUUGGAUGUUUCUGCAAAUCGGUUUGUGGGUCAGAUUCAUGGGAGUUUUGGGAAACUCACUUCACUGAACAGACUCGUACUUAGUAGGAACUCCCUCUCUGGAUCAAUCCCCUCCUCGCUUGGCCAUUGUUCAAGUCUUCAGUUGCUUGAUCUUAGCAGCAAUGCACUUUCUGGCACAAUCCCGGGUGAAAUAUUUGAAAUUGAAGCUCUUGACAUUGCUCUAAAUCUGAGUUUUAAUGCACUAACUAGUGUCAUCCCACCACAAAUCUCAGCUCUCAACAAACUCUCCGUACUAGACCUGUCGCACAAUAAGCUAGAAGGCGACUUGAUGGCACUAUCCGGGCUUGUAAAUCUUGUUUCUCUGAACAUUUCAUACAAUAAUUUCACCGGUUAUCUUCCAGACAACAAGCUAUUUAGACAGUUAUCAGCAACCGAGUUGGCAGGGAAUCAAGGAUUGUGUUCCAAGGGUCACGAUGCAUGUUUCCUAAGCAAUUCUACAACAAUGGGUAUGCCAAACAACAGUGGUUUCCAGGGGUCACAAAGAGUUAGAUUAGCCAUUGGGUUGCUAAUUACCUUGACCGUGGCAUUGGCAAUUUUUGGGGCUGCCGCUGUUUUUCGAGCACGGAAAAUGAUCAAGGAUGAUAAUGAUUCUGAGAUGGGAGGGGCUUCAUUGCGUUGGCAGUUCACUCCAUUCCAAAAGUUGAACUUCUCAGUUGAACAGGUUUUGAAGUGUCUAGUUGAGUCCAAUGUAAUCGGAAAGGGAUGUUCAGGAAUUGUUUAUCGUGCAGAAAUGGAAAAUGGGGAAUUGAUUGCCGUAAAGAAGCUCUGGCCAACAAAAAUGGCUGCUGGAUACAAUUCCCAAAAUGGAAGGUUCGGAAUCAAUAAAGGAAUUCGUGAUUCAUUUUCAGCUGAAGUAAACACACUUGGCUCCAUCCGACACAAGAACAUCGUAAGGUUCUUGGGUUGCUGUUGGAAUCAAAACACAAGAUUACUAAUGUAUGAUUACCUGCCCAAUGGGAGCUUGGGAAGUAUUCUUCAUGAGCGAAGCGGUAACUGCUUAGAAUGGAACCUGAGAUAUCAGAUUGUAUUGGGGGCAGCUCAAGGUUUGGCUUAUUUACACCAUGACUGUGUUCCUCCUAUUGUUCACAGGGACAUUAAGGCCAACAACAUCCUCAUUGGUCUUGAAUUUGAACCUUAUAUCGCUGAUUUUGGGCUUGCCAAGCUUGUUGAUGAUGGAGAUUUUGCACGGUCUUCCAACACCGUCGCAGGUUCCUACGGCUACAUUGCUCCUGAGUACGGAUACAUGAUGAAGAUAACAGAGAAGAGUGAUGUAUAUAGCUAUGGUGUUGUGGUUUUAGAAGUGUUAACGGGAAAACAACCGAUCGAUCCGACUAUACCAGAUGGGCUUCACAUUGUAGAUUGGGUGAGGCAAAAGAGAUCAUCAGGGGUAGUUGAAGUGCUGGAUCCAAGCUUAAGUACUGCUCGGCCAGAAUCUGAAAUUGAGGAAAUGUUGCAGACCCUAGGUGUGGCUUUGCUCUGUGUAAAUCCUUCCCCGGAAGACAGGCCAUCCAUGAAAGAUGUAGCAGCAAUGCUCAAUGAGAUAAGGCAGGAGAGAGAAGAUCAGUGCUUGAAAGCCGAUAUGCUUAAUCUUCAGAGGUCUUUUGCAAAUGAUGGAAAAGAAACCUGUAAUCACAGUGGAGGUCAAUCAGCAGGGAUGGAACGCUCAUACCUCCAAAGCAACAACACAAGCUUUUCUGCAUCCUCAUUGCUAUACUCUUCUUCUUCCAAUGCUAAAAAAACUUUCAAAUAGUUGGUAGAAGGUCAGUCUUGCUAAGCAGUAAAGAGUUCCUUAAUUAAACUAUGUUUCUACCCUGCAUGCGGUUGAGUUUCAUCAACCUUGUUUCUUUAUGUUAGAAAGACAUGUUUCAAUAAACAGAAUCAGCCAAAUUUCAA